AUGGGCGUUCCGACCUUUUUCAGAUGGAUCUGCGUCCGGUACCCCAAAGUCAUUCGAGACACCAUCGAGCGAGAGCCGGUGGAGAUGGACGGCCGAAUGGUGCCAGUGGACCUAGACGAGGAUGCACCGAACGGCGAUUUCGACAAUCUGUACUUGGACAUGAACGGAAUCAUCCAUCCCUGCUGCCAUCCCGAAGACGGGCCGGCACCAGAGGACGAGGAGCAUAUGUACGAGAACAUCUUCCUUUAUCUUGAUCGCCUUUUCCGGAUCGUCAGGCCAAAGCGGCUCGUCUACAUGGCGAUUGAUGGUGUCGCGCCGCGUGCCAAAAUGAACCAGCAGCGUGCUCGUCGAUUCCGGGCUGCACAGGAGCGGGAGGAAAUGGAGCGAGAACAGGAAAGGCUCCGACAAGACUGGGAGGCAGAAGGGCGAACACUUCCCAACAGAACAUCGGGAAAGGUCUUCGACUCUAAUGUCAUCACUCCUGGAACGAACUUCCUGCACAAAAUGUCGGAGGCUAUCCGAUACUACAUUCACGACCGCACAACAAACGAUCCACUCUGGCAAAAGCUGAAGUUUCGCGUCAUCCUCUCUGAUGCAAACGUGCCAAGCGAGGGCGAGCAUAAAAUCAUGGAGUUCAUUCGACUGCAGCGGGCGCAACCGGACUACGAUCCGAACACCAGGCACUGCCUGUAUGGUGCCGAUGCCGAUCUCAUCAUGCUGGGCUUGGCCACCCAUGAGGCACACUUCUCCAUCAUUCGGGAGGUUGUGAUCCCAAAGGCGGAAAAGAAGUGCACCCUUUGCGGAGGCACCGGCCACGUUGCUUCGGAGUGCACCGGCGACGGGGAUGACAUGGACGACAGCAUUGCCAUCCAGAAGCCCUUCCAAAUCGUUUCCUUGCCUGUUUUGCGCCAAUACCUUCAGCUGCAGUUCGCAGAGCUCGUCAAUCGUAUGCCAGAAACUCUAUUAUAUGAUUUCGAGAGGUGUGUUGACGACUUUGUCUUCAUGUGCUUCUUCGUAGGCAACGACUUUUUGCCGCAUCUGCCAUCCUUGAGCAUCAGGGACGGCAGCAUAGACCAAAUGAUCGCGCUCUAUGCCCUUUGCUUGAAAGCGCACGGCUUGUCGAUCGAGGUGGCCCACCACGUAGGCCUCCGCGAGGAAGACGAUGAGGAGGAGUGGGCACGCAUACUAGCCAGGGGGCCCGGCACGCCCAAGGGCGCCAGGAUGGGACCGGCAGCAGCGCAGGGGGGGAUCCCGGGACGCGACUGUCUCGGUCCGCCGCCCAAAAGACGCCGCUACCUGAACUAUGUGACAAUAGCUCGAGUGCGUCUACAAGACCUUUCUGAAGAAGACGGGGAGAACGGCUUCAACCAGCACCAGAUCCGGGCCGACCUGGAGACGAUCCUGCAGUACCUGGACAAGGCCACCAGAGUCCUGGAGGAGAUGACCCGAGGACAGGGGGGCUGCCAAAUCAGCUCCAGCUACGAAGGCCUGAGCCAGGCCGGGGCAGCAGUGGAGACAGCACUGGGGCAAGCAGUUCAGGGGGAUCUGGAUUGGAUGUCGCCAAGCUGGGGACAGACGAUGGGACUCCUACUUGAAGAAGCCGAACAGCUCCAUGAGGAACUGGGGGUGCUCAAUUUCGUGCACCCUGCAGACGUGCGGGGACUCGACGAAGGUGGCGUCGAAACCCCACCGUGCCGCCAGGGAGCCGUCGGAGACCAACUCAGAGCCAUUGUACGGGACCUACGGGGGAUUGUGCCCUUUCUGGCGGAAGACGGGGAACAAGUGACGGCAGCGCUGGCAGCAGUGACAGCGAUCAUGGACAACCCCAUUGAAGUGGAUACACAAACCACUGAAGGGGGCAGCCAAGGGAUGACACUCUUUGGCCCGACAGAGAGUGCAGACCACAUGGGGGAAGAGAGGCCGACGCCCUUCUCCCAACAAGCCACAGUGCCAUGGGUACCGCCGUUGCACAUGGAACAAUGGAAUGGCAGUAUCCCAGAAGAUGACCGCGGUGACAUGGGCCCCAGCCAACCAACAGAGCCUACAGAGGGGGAACCAACAGAUGCCGAGCUGGUGGCCAUCAUGGAAGACCUCGAAAGACAAGAGGAAGCGGAAAUGAGAGCAGCCGCGGCGGCCCAAGCCAGCCACGACGGGGACCAAGCUGGGGACACAGCGCUGGACCCGGAAGACGAAGCACCACAAGGGGGACUAGUGAGAGCCAGCAGCCAUAGAAGACGUAGAAUGCAUGCCCUGCUGUACGAUGACCAAGGGGGAUUCAGACACCCAGAUGUGUAG